UUCUAGCUGCACCUUCUACACCUUUUUCUUUUUCUCCUCUCUACUUCCGAAUUCUAAAUAUAGCUAGAUAAUUUCGUUUUAGGACAAGAAAGUAUAAGAUUGCACGAGUAAAGGAAAUUACCGUAAUAAUCGAAUCGACGUUGUACACGUCUCGGGCACCACGUAUCCAUCUGUGAUGACGGUGGUGAGCCCACACAUGUCCAUCUAAAAAUAUCCGCAGUCCGACGCAGCUAUUCGAUCGCGUCGGCUCUAUACUUAUAGAGCCGAUCGAUCAAGGCGAAGUAAUGGAUUUACUUCAAUAUCGUAAAGUCAUAAUUUACGCGCUAACAUUCCUAACAUACGCCUGGUCCGGCUAUGGCAUCGGAUUGCUGACGAAUCUACGGGAUGCCGUGCUAGCAGCGGAAUCGGUCUUUCAGGACUUCUUCGCUAACGCCAUAACCAUCGCGAGGAAGAUCAAGGACAUACACGAAGUGUUUGAUGCCGCUGUGGAGGAGAAUUGCGUCUUUCAGUGUCCCGAUGGAUCCGCACCAAAGCUAGACCGAAAUCACAAGCCGCACAGCAACGGAUGCGGUUCUCUUGGAAUCGAGGUGAAUCAAGAGUACCUUCCGUUGGCUGAAAUGACAAAGUGUUGCGACUUCCACGAUAUUUGCUAUGAUACGUGUAACACAGAUAAGGAAAAGUGCGACCUAGAAUUUAAAAGAUGUCUAUACAAAUACUGCGACACGUAUCAGUCCACUGGUAUCACUAUUGUCAACACGUGUAAAACUGCGGCAAAAGUACUGUUCACGGGAACGACAGCAUUGGGUUGCAAGAGCUUUCUCGAUGCUCAGAAGGAGGCCUGCUACUGUCCUGAUAAAUAUAGAAAUAAGAAACCAAAAAGAGCGGCGCAAGCUGGUGGAGAAUUGUAAACAUUGUGCAUAAUAAAUACAAUAAGAUAUAUAUUAAGUUUAAAAAUUUUUUAAAUUCUUCAUGAGAAACAUGUAGGAUUUUUAAAAGAAGAAACAUUUCUUAGAAGAAGAAGCUACAACUUUUUUCAUAUUGUAAUUAUAUUUAUAUGGUCUCUAAUAUAAGGCACAUGUAAUAUUAAAUUAAUUACGUUAUAAAGAUGUAUGGAAUAAUUCUAUUUACCUAUGUUAAUUAAUAGAAGUGAUAUCGAAAUCGUGUUUGUCUUUUGAAAAAACAAGGGACAAUCUUUCUCGUGAUACAAACGUCAAUAUGACAACUGUCCUCCGACAAAAUUACCGGCCGAAACCGGUGAAAAGAAUAAUUGUCAAGUAACAUCAAUUAUUAAGUAAUUGUUGAUGUCUCUUCGUGAUGUAAAGCGGAAUCUGCAAUAAAAAAAAUGGGAAAC